UUGAAUUAUGACGGUCUUCAGGUUCACUUAUGGUGUAACAAUAGGCUUGGUUUUGACUGUUUUAGCUGUUGGAGCAGCUCCUGAUGAAUCCCUCAUUACUCACGUUCCAGGCUUUGAUGGCUCUUUACCCUCUAGUCAUUACGCAGGGUACGUCGCUAUACCGGGAAACCCUGGAAAGAAUAAUUUGUUCUACUAUUUCAUUGCGUCUGAAAGGAAUCCUAGCAAGGACCCUGUAGUACUGUGGCUUAACGGAGGACCCGGUUGCUCCAGCUUCUAUGGUUUUGUUUUCGAACAUGGACCAUUUAAUUUUCAAGCAGGAAAGUCAAACGGAAGCUUGCCCAUACUUCAGCUCAAUCCCUUCAGCUGGUCUAAGGUCUCCAACAUUAUCUAUUUGGAGUCACCAUGUGGAGUGGGUUUUUCAUACUCUAACAAUCCACGCAAUUAUGCGACAGGAGACCUUCAAACCGCCUCUGACACGCAUGCGUUUCUUCUCAGGUGGUUCGAGCUCUAUCCAGAGUACCUUUCAAAUCCAUUCUACAUAUCAGGAGAGUCGUAUGCUGGAGUUUACGUGCCGACUCUUGCCUCCAAUGUAGUAAAAGGAAUUAAGAAAGGUGAAAAGCCUCUGAUCAAUUUCAAGGGUUACCUCAUUGGAAAUGGGAUUGCAGAUGAUGAAUACGAUGGCAAUGGUCAUGUGCCUUUCUUCUUCGGUAUGGCGCUGAUCUCAAGCGACAUCUUUGAGGAUUGUCAGGCUACAUGUAAAGGGAAAUUUUAUGACCCCCCAAAUGACCGAUGCCGACAGAAUAUUCUCAAGGCUUAUGCGGCUGUGACAGAUUUGAAUAGCUACGACAUUCUUGAGCCAUGCUACCGCUACCCAGGCAACAAGGUCACGAGUCUGCCUCUUGGCCACCAUUAUUUGGGGGUGACUGAGAAGCCUCUCUACAUAAGAGAGAGAAUGUUAAGUUACGAUUCACCUCUUUGGCUAUUAGGAAAGGACAACAUGAUUACAUCGAGUCCCCAGUCGGCAAACGCGUUUCACAUCCCAUGCUUUAAUGCUGAUUUCGCAACUGCAUGGUUAAACAACGAAGCAGUUCGGGAAGCAAUCCACGCAGCACCGGCGAGUGUGGCAGGUCCUUGGGAGAUAUGUGCCAUUAGAGUGUGGAGAAACUAUACCAUCGAUACAGGAAGUAUGAUCCCGUAUCACAAAAGUUUGAUUUCUGAGGGAUACAGGGCACUGAUAUACAGUGGAGAUCAUGAUUCAGUCGUACCUUACACUGGUACUCAAGCGUGGACCAGGUCACUUGGAUACAAAAUUGUUGAUGAAUGGAGAUCGUGGAUCUCCAACGAGCAGGUCGCUGGGUAA